AUGAACCUUCCCCAGCUAGAAACUCACUUUAAGGAGGCUCAGCUCUUUGUUGAUGCUGAUGUUACCUAUGUCACGCACGAUCCUAUCACUGAUAACUUUAUACUCUACGAUCUGUACAAUAAGGGAAAGCAACUAGGUGGGAAAUUAAAUAUCACAGCCGAUCGGGAAAUUUCGUGCAAUCAGCAGGACUGUCGACUUGAGCGAUAUCUGAGUGAUCUUCACACAAGGAGUCCCCUGCAGCAUCGAAAGUCAUUCACUGGAUUAACCAUGAGAGCCAGUGCUGUGGUAACCGCUUUACCGCUGAACAGCUCCGUAGAGAAGAUCUUUGAAUUUAUGGAGGCCAAGGAUAGAAUUCACCUGGAUACAUAUUGUAGAAUAGGUUAUCAGGCACGACAACCCCUGAGGGAUAUGUUGGACUGCAAGUUUAAGUACAUAUUUAGAGAUCGCUGGUCGGAUGGCAAUGCCACGGGCGGCAUGAUUGGAGAUCUCAUUCGGGAUGUGGCUGAUUUGGCGAUAGCUCCUUUAAUCUAUUCCUUAGAACGCGGUAUAUUUCUGCAGCCCCUGACAAAGUUCACUGUUUUCCGGGAGAUCUGCAUGUUCAGAAAUCCCCGAUCCGUUUCCGCUGGCCUGAGUGCUACGGAAUUCCUGCAGCCCUUCAGCGGAGGAGUUUGGCUGACAUUCGCACUUUUGCUCCUCCUGGCAGGCUGUCUACUUUGGAUCACCUUCAUUCUGGAGCGACGUAAGGAGUGGAAGCCCUCGCUACUGACCAGCUGCCUGCUCUCUUUUGGAGCAGGAUGUAUCCAAGGGGCCUGGUUUACCCCACGAUCGAUGGGCGGUCGAAUGGCCUUCUUUGCCCUGAUGAUGACCUCCUUUUUGAUGUACAACUACUACACCUCCAUUGUGGUGUCCAAGUUGCUGGGUCAGCCAAUCAAGUCGAACAUCCGGACUCUACAGCAACUGGCGGACAGCAGCCUGGAGGUGGGCAUAGAACCAACUGUAUAUACCCGCACCUAUUUGGAAACCUCCGAGGAGGCGGACGUUCGUAAUCUGUACCGGAACAAGGUGCUCGGCAGCAAACGAUCGCCGGAUCGCAUUUGGAUGCCCACCGAGGAUGGGAUCAAGUCGGUGAAAGAUCAAGAGGGCUUCGUCUACAUAACCGGCGUGGCGACGGGCUAUGAGUUUGUGAGGAAGCAUUUCCUGCCCCACCAGAUCUGUGAGCUCAACGAGAUUCCGCUGCGCGAUGCCUCUCAUACCCACUCGGUCGUGGCCAAGAAGUCACCCUAUGCGGAGCUUUUCAAACUUUGUGAGUUACGGAUGCUGGAGACAGGAGUUCAUUUUAAGCACGAGCGUUAUUGGAUGCAAACGAAGCUCCAUUGCUACCAGCAGAAUCACACGGUAGCCGUGGGUCUCGAGUACGCUGCUCCCCUUUUUAUCCUGCUGCUGGGCGCUAUGAUGCUCUGUGUGGGCGUACUGGGAUUGGAGGUCAUCUGGUACCGCCACUGCACUCUCCGCUAAGGUAAGCAGCCCAGGCCAAGGCCAUCGG